CUGCUCCCGCUGCCGUCUAGCGUCACACUGACCUGCAGCUCGGCCAGCAGCUCACCUGUCAGGCUGACAGCCGGAGACGACACAAGAUUUUCUCCUCUGAAAAGUAUCUCUUACUAACUCCAACGGUGUCGGAGCGGAAUUACGCAUCCCGACGAGCCCUCUCGUCCGUCCGGUGAGUCAGGCGGGACGGUAACCGCCGCAUCAUCACGCUCUGUACGUGUGGAUGUGCAGUAUGUAACUCAGCUGUAGAGAGUCGUUGCACCGGGAGGAAACAUUUUAGCAAGGCGCCUUACAGACAGCAUAUCCCGUGCCAUCUCAUCCCUCCUCAGUGUCACUAUCCCGCCUGACUCCAUGGCCAUUGUUUCCCCCUGCCCUCUGCCUCUGGGAGGUAUCCUUCAAAGGCUCUACUUAGGGCGAUGGAUGACCACCUGAGUGAUGGAGAUGGACAGAAUCAGAGGAUGCAGUUCUUUCAUAGUGACUAGAUGAAGAAACACCAACCAACGCUGCAGCAUUGUGAACUGAUGCACCUAACAGAAGACUUCUCUGGAAAUACAGGAGAUACUCAUCGCAUAUUUGUUUAGUUUGUGUCAGCGCAGAGACUGCAUGCUGACUGCUCAUCCUUGUGAUGCUUGUUAUGAGUUGUCCAUCCACAACAAAUGAGCCAGAGAGCUGCAGCAGUGAGGGGAGCAGCUGCACCACUUCCUCCAUCACUACCUCGGACCCAUCUUCUAUGUCUGGACACGCUCAAUCUACCUUGCCUUCUGACACCACCCAUCAUGAAGCUCCGCCACCCCCGCCCCUCCCGCCCCCACCCCCAGGGGCACCACCGCCCCCUCCGCCCCUGGCAACGACAUCCACCAACCACAAUAUGAGGAAAAAGCGCCGCGUGCGCAGCUUUUACUGGAAGCCUAUUCCAGAGGAGAAGGUGCGUGGGAAGCCGAACAUCUGGACGCUGGCGGUGCGGCAGCAGCAGUACCAGAUCGAUGUUCGCUCCGUGGAGGAGCUGUUCGGACAGCAGGAGGAGGCAGUGACGGGUCUACGGGGGUCAGCAGCAACACCUGAAACGUCGACUCGUGUAUCCCGAUCACGCUCCUUUAAGGAGAGCAAGAAAGAUGAGAUCAACAUCCUUGACUCAAAGAGGGGGAUGAACGUGGGCAUUUUCCUCAAGCAGUUUAAAAAAUCCAACCACUCCAUUGUUGAAGACAUACGAAAAGGAGAAGGAAAGAUUUACGGAGCAGAGCUGCUCAAAGACCUGCUGAAGCUCCUGCCUGACGCAGAGGAGAUUAAGAAGCUGCAGGCAUUUAAAGGCAAUCCAGACAAGCUGACACUGGUUGAUUCCUUUAUGUAUCUCUUGAUCCAGCUGCCACGGUUCGAGGUUCGGAUCGAGGCCAUGGUCCUCCGUGAAGAGUUCUUCCCAUCCUGUGGUGUGAUGGGCCGUGAGAUCGAUGUCGUCCGUGUUGCCACUAAAGAGCUGAUGAGCUGUGAGGAGCUUCAUGCCAUCCUGCAUCUGGUGCUGCAGGCCGGAAACAUCAUGAAUGCGGGUGGCUAUGCAGGGAACGCUGUGGGGUUCAAGCUGUCUUCCCUCCUUUCAUUGGCUGACACCAAAGCCAACAAGCCAGGGAUGAACCUGCUGCAUUUUGUGGCCAUGGAGGCAAAGAAAAAAGACGAGAAGUUGCUCAAGUUUCCUGAGAAGCUUCAAGACGUCCAGAGUGCAGCCAGAAUUUCAGUGGAAAGCAUUGAGGAAGAAUUUUCCUCCUUGUAUGUCCGAAUCAAAUCCCUGGAAGAGAAGGUUCAAGGAGACCAGGAGCUGCUGCAGCAGCUGGAGCCCUUUCUGCAGAGUGCGGCACGGACACUUCAGGACUUAAAGCGACGCAGGCUGGAUCUGCGAAAAGAGGGAAACACUCUCAUCGAUUUCUUUUGCGAAGACAAGGAUACCUUCAAGCUGGACGAGUGCUUCCGGAUCUUUCAGGACUUCUGCAUCAAAUUCAAGAAAGCUGUUAAGGACAAUGUGGACCGGGAGUUGAAGGAAGCAGCUAGACAGCGUCGUCUCAAAGAAUUAGAGGAAAAGCGUUUUGCGUGGUCGGGCGUGGAUCAGAGCGGCGGAUUUGGUCGGAGCAGCAGCGAGAACGACGUAGAAAUGCUCACCAAGGAGGGCCUCCUGGACUUCUUCCAGCAGAGGUCUCAGAGUCCGCACAUCCCGCUGGAACGUUCUGCCAGCGCACGUCGCCACCGGCACACCAUGACCUCCAUAGCAGAUCGUGACCUCCAGGGGUACUUGGAGCUGUUCGGAAGCGCAGGGAAUCCCAUUGACUAUUCCAAGUUUAACAGCCUACCUCGGUUAGGCCGCCCUAUUCAGCGGAGAAUGACCCCCUGGAUAUUAGCCCAGGACAACAACCGGGAACUGGGCUGUGACAGACAAGUGACAUCACCGCAUGCAGAAACUGAACCGAUCGGCGCACUGGCCACGUUUUCUUCCUCUGAGCUAAAUGAUAACGAGGACACUUAUAACAACAACAUUUACUCAUCUGUGUCAGAGAGCAGCACUCUGCCUCGGCCCUUUUGUGUCUUUCAGAAGCCUAAUCAUAUACCCAGCCUAACAAUUACUGGCCACAUGAAUGUUAGUGUAGAGAAGCAUACUUUAGUCCGAGUUCCUCAGGCUUUUGACCUACCUAGUCCAAACAAUAACAGCAAUCACAUGCACUUUGUCAACAAGGGGGAUGUUGUGGUGACAGAUCUGGAAAAGGAGAGACAGUCACCUCCCAAGAAUUUGGACAGCCUUUCACAUGAUAAAGUUUUAGAAAGGGGGGCAAAUCCAAAGGUAGCAUGGGACGAUAAAAUGGCCUCUCCCACUCAGGCUGGGGUCUUUCCUCAGAGAGAGAGAGAUGAAGAGGACUACAGCACAGUUUCAUCAACAACCUGCGAUACCCCUCUUCCCCUAGACACCUCCGUUUCCAACAAGAAGCCAGUGUUUUACAUACUAGACUGCACAGAAACAGACAUCUCUGUCACCUUGGAUUGCUCUGAGGUGGAAACCUCGUCAACAAAAGGAGGACUUCAUUUUAGAACAGCUGACUAUAACGAAGAUCAGGAGAAUCGGCAAGACCCGAGCUCUCUGUCCUCUAAUUUGGAGUCCAUGUCUCCCAAUGACCAGUCUGCUUCAACCAAUGAGCUCUCAGCCCCCAAAUCUGUGGAUGCAACAUCCAUGACUCCGUCUACUACCACAGAAGAAUGGGACACGGAAAGCUGUGAUACCGCCGAAGGAAAACAGGGUGCAGGGAAAGAUGCACAAAGGAACAGCCGAAAACCAGGGCCCACAAAGAGCAAAGGCAACAAAGCGACCAAGGGUAGCGGAGGCCACGGUGUGCGAGCACUAGCCAACAACGAGAACCAGGGUAUGCGGAAAGUCGUGCCUAUCACCAAGCUGACCAGGACAGGUAGCAGCAAGCGAGGAGAGAAACCUACAGUGCAUGACAACGGAGAGACACGGAGGCCUCUCCGUGACCAGAGCACCCCAGCAAGAGGAAGGAGCGAGAAGACAACGAGACCACCUCGGCACUCCAGUUUGCCCCCUGAUGAGUCAAAAGCCCUGAGGGGAGGUGGCCUCACAGGCAGCGUUUCUAGAUGGGCACGUGAUUCAACGCCAAGGAAAGCUUCCAUCCACAAGCCGAGCGCCAAACCCCUGAGGAACAUCCCCAAGCCUGCGCCUGAAGAGAAGAUGUGCCGCUCCACUAUGAGAGCCCUCGCGCAGGCUCAAGCUCAGACCCAGGGCGGGGCAUCUUCUGAGAACAGCUGCUCACACACACACGGUGCAAAAAACACUUCUGAUGUCCCCAGCUUUGCCCGUAAUACUGUAGCAUCAUCUUCAAGGACCAGGAAGGAGCUGGGCCCUCCAUCAGUCCCGUCCACCCCGUCUCGCAGCCCUUCCCUCCUGGGUCGACACAAGCAGACCCGGGCAUCAUACACAGGUCACACCAGCGAUGAGCGGCCACAAGCUACAAGCCUGCGACGGGUGCAAAGCGUGAAGGCGACCAGCCGCAGCACCCACCGUAGCGAAACCCCUCCUCCAGCUACACCAUGUGAGGACAUCCGUAAAUCUAGCAGCUUCUCCGAAAAGUCUGUGCAGCCCAGAGACUUGGUGACAUCCAGCAGAAGCAGGAAGCCGAGCUGGAAGUAAAACCAAAACUGACUGCAAGACAGAGUUAUCCACUCAUAUCAUGCAUAUCAUACAAGAUCUGAUAAACAUAUUAAGCUUUCUCACAAUGUAAGAAUCCUUCAGUAGCUGACUCUGUAUCAGUUUACGAAUUGCAAAGAACAAGAUGCAAUGAACUGCACAUUUCUGUGUUCAUAUAAAGAAUCUUUUUAAAGGUUGGGAGAAAACUAAACAGACAACUGGCAAAUUGGUGCUUUUACAGUGCAGCCUCUUUGCCUGCUUAGCUGUCUGUGUACAAUAUGUGCUAGUGUCUGUGAUGCUGUCGACGUCAAACACCACUAUGUAAUGCUGCUAAUUAGCUCUGACAAAUUUGAGUUCCAGUGUCCGUUUCAUUCAGGGUUACGAGAUUUGUUGUACCUUAACUUGCUGCUGUCACGGUGUCUUUUAGUUUUGCAGCUUCUUCCUGUAGACUAACAGUGCUUUGUUUACUUUGUGAUUCUUUUGCUUGAUACCUCAGAACGAUCGCAGUGGCCUUGUACCAGCAGUAAAAGUAGACUUGUUGAUUUUGGUUCUGCAUGAUGAAGAUGUGGAUGAAAUCUGAUCUUAAAAAAAAAAAUAACUGCAGUGUCACUUUUUAAGAAAUUCUUGGUAUACCGUAUUAAUGUUACAACAAUAUAUAGAAGUCACACAUAUUAUGCCAGUGUAUACCAACUGUGGUACUUCUCGUACUGUAAAAGUAGUUUGUAAAUGUGUUAGGACUCCUCCAUAAUGUCAUGGAGUAGACAUGCACGCGGGAAAUGUUUCCUGUUGCAGCUAAUAUGUGAAAAAUGCAAACGCUGUGAAAGAAAAACACCCAACGCAACAGAAACAACUCUGAUUCUAUCUUCAGUCACAAUCUCAUUUUUCUACUGUGAACGUUGUCGUCUCAUAUUUUCUCUAGGCUUGUGGUUGUAAUUCAGCCCAGAUCUAGUUUGUUGCUGUCAUGAGGAUCCUCAGAAAACAGAAUCAGUUCAUUUCAGUUUAUUCCUGAUGAUAAAUUCAUUACUUUAAAAAAAAAACACUCAGAGGGUCAUUUAACACCUUUCACUGCUCUGAAUGUUUUUCCAGAAAUGCUUAGAAACACUUCUAACCGUCUGAAAACAUUCAAAAUAACACGUUUCGGCUGUUUCUCAGGCUGUGGCUGCAUUUUCUCUUCUUUAAGCCAGAAAUUAGUGUGGUUCAAGAAUAACAGAAAUGCAUUGUUAUGUAUGGAAAUAUAAAAUAAUACUUGCACCAGUGUGAACAAAAAUAGCCGAGGGAAUAGCAGAGGUUAUAAAUUUUUACUAAAUUUAUAACCUUUUUAUAAAUUUAUAACCUUUUUAUUAAAUUUUCUUCUACAUUGCAGAGAUUGAAGUUAUUGAGACUUAUGAGGUGUGCCCCAAUACUUUUGUCCAUAUAGUGUAUUUUAUAGCAAUAUACAAAAUGUUUCUGCUGAUGGUUCACGUGAUAUUGUCUGCUUUGGUCUCCUGCAAACCAUUUUUUUUUCAUUCACAUUGGGGUAAAAGUAUUUUAUAAUUUCAUACAAAGGUUUUCUUUUUUAUACAAACCUACAACCUGAGAAAUGCCAUUAAAGUUCAGAUGACUGGUUGAGCUUUUAAGGAAUCAGUAAAAAUCUUCAUCACAGCAACAGGAGCGGUCAGAUGACGUUCUCUGCUUUUCAAAUAUUGGCAGGUCUUUAAUUUUCCGGAAAAAAAGAAAUGUAAUGUUAUUUUAAACACAGAGACAAAAGUGCAGCACCAUUGACCACUUUGCACCACUUGCCUUUUAGACUACAUUGUGCCAUUGCCUUUAUGGCAACAUCACUCUCAAAAGUGCAUUGCCUUAAAGCUUAAUGUAGCUGAUCCGUCACCGGUAGGAGCUCCUUGAUUGUAAAAGGAGAGUAGAAACUUUACUGCCUUCCAUCGCAUUAAAGUGAAUCAGUAACUCUGCUGCUCACUUUAUGCCAUCCAUCCAUAUGUUUAUAUUGCAUAAAAAAAUAAGAGUAAGAGAGUGAAGUAUGUGUGCGCACAGAUAUUUAAAAAUUAUCAUGCAUAUCCUCAUAGGGCUGAGAGCCCCUGACUUGCAGGGUGCAGACAUGCUGUUUGUGUCUUCCUGUUCCCUGUCAUGCAAAUGAAGCUGAUGGGUUGAUGACACACUAGGCCCAGUGUGACAAACCACUGUGUGUGUGGCUUGAUGCCACCUGAAUUUAGAGUCUCCUCUCACAGAGUUUCAAGUAAAGUUUUUGUAGGGCUGCAGCGUUUCCUAUCAACACGUUUUCAGGAAUUUUAAAUCCCACCAAUAGCAAAUAUCUGAAUUAAGCCCAUCCUUGAAGCCCAUUAAACCAAAGGAAACAUUUGCAAUGCUGUUUUUCCCCAACCAUCUGAACCAGCUGUUUUUUUGGUUGUUUGUUUUGUUUUGUUUUGUUUUUAAAUAAGUUCAUUACCUUAUAUUUUCAGCACUAAAAUAGUGACUUCAGAAAUUAGUAAAUGUCCGUUUGUGUCUGUCCGUAAACAAUAAGUUGAUCUGUUUGAAAGUUUUGGAAGAACUUUAACUGACACUUUUAGAGUGUUUGAAAGAUUGUCCUCCUGUAAACUUAAACCCUUUUUAGACAACUCAGACAAAAAAAAAAAAAGAAAAAAGCCACCUUCAAAUAUGGGGAAAAAUGCAUCGUUAGCAUAAGUAACAGUAUUUCUAACCCAGGUGGGUCAUGGAAAUAUCUGCCUUCAUGCUCUGAGUGUUGCUCUCUUGCUCUAAAAGCACUCAUUGUUCUGUUACAAAAUGAAAACACCAACUAUUUUAAAACUUCAUCAGGUGUAGGGAUGCUUUUCUCCCCCACAGUUUACACUGUACAGUGGCUGCCCUUUGCAUUAUAUGUCAACUGCUCACAGCAUUAGAGCUGCUGUUGAAUUUGAACGCUUACUUGCCCUUCUCACCACGAUUUCCUUUUCUAAGGAUGGUUACAAUAGUAAUACCAUAGUAGUUUCCAUUGCAAACUAAGGGGUCCUGUCAGCACCGUACACCAACACUUUUGUCAUGUUACGAGUUUAAAAGGCAUCAACUGGUAGUGCUGCUUAAAAUUUAUGUGACUUUAUAACAUGUCCAGUGAGUCAUUUUUAUCUUUUCUAUUUCAUUAUGUACACAUGCUGACUCUACUGCAACAAACGUGUCUUACUGUAGCAUUUAUUGCCCAAGGACGUAUUUGUACUCUGAUCUGAUUCAGCCGAGGCAAAUAGGUGCUCUACUGCUGUGCUUGGUCAUUUUGAAAUCUGAAGUUCCACGAUGGGGAGAAAAUAAAUCAAUACAUAAAGCAAUUGAUCACUUCUGAUCACUAGACCGCAGGGCUGCGAAAUGUGUUAUUACUGUUUCACUUUAUAUUUCUGAUGAUGACAUCAAAGAUAUAAAUAAAUAAAUCACGUUGCUGUGUAAACUGAAAA